AGUGGUUCCACGCUGUUUUCCCGACGGGCCCUGAACGCAGCAUCUGUCCAGGGGCGGGUAACCGAGCAGUAUGGCGGACGAUGGAGACAGUUGGAGCGGACCAGCGGACACCAGCGGCGGGCAGGCGGCCGCGGACGAGUCGGACGGGCUGGGCCUCGGUGCCAUGUUGCUGAACGUCGGUAUCUUGGCGGUGGCGGUGGCCGUGUGCCUGCUAGUGUACCGGCGGUGGGGCAAGAGACUCGGUGUCGACCGGGCCCAGGGCGACGAGGCCUCGGCUCUGCCCAAGAUGAGGAGACGCGACUUCACUCUGGAGCAGCUGCGGGAGUACGACGGGCUCCUCAACCCGCGCAUCCUCAUGGCCGUCAACAUGAAGGUCUUCGACGUGACCAGCGGUAAAAAGUUUUAUGGGAAAG